AGUGCUUAUAUAGAAUUUUUUUCUCGUUAAUUUUUAUUCGUUUGCCCCCGCGUCACACAGUCGACUUUUUCGUUGAACCAUGAGGACGUACUACGUGAUAGCCGCCAUACUGAUCGCCGGGACGAACGCUCAGGAGUCCUUCAAAUGCCCGGACGAUUUCGGGUUCUAUCCUCAUCACAUAUCGUGCGACAAGUAUUGGAAAUGCGACAACAAUGUGGCGGAACUGAAGACGUGCGGCAACGGUCUGGCAUUUGACGCCAGCGACAGCAAGUUCCUCACCGAGAACUGCGAUUACCUGCACAACGUGGACUGCGGCGAGCGCACGCAGCUCGAACCGCCCAUCACCACGCCGCACUGUUCCCGCCUCUACGGCAUCUUCCCCGACGAGAAGAAGUGCGACGUCUUCUGGAACUGUUGGAACGGCGAGGCCUCCCGCUACCAGUGCAGCCCCGGACUGGCCUACGACCGUGAGGCCAGGGUGUGCAUGUGGGCCGACCAAGUGCCCGAAUGCAGAAACGAAGAGGUCGCCGGAGGUUUCACGUGUCCGGCUGCAGGAGAAGUGAGCGGCGCAUCCGGCAGCUUCAGCAGACACGCCCAUCCGGAGGAUUGCAGAAAAUACUACAUAUGCCUUGAGGGCAUCGCCAGGGAGUACGGUUGCCCGAUCGGCACCGUUUUCAAGAUCGGCGACGCCGACGGUAGCGGCGCCUGCGAGGACCCAGAGGAUGUCCCCGGAUGUGAGGAUUACUACGGUGACCUGGACCUGAAGAGCAUCCGGAAGAGCGAGCUGCUUACCGGCAUCCAGAGCGAGCCCAGAAAGCCGAACCAGGCGAACCUCAAACCUAGGCCCACAACAAUAGGAGGGCCCACGAGGCCCUCACCCAUUCAGGAAUAAAUCCUGAUUUACCUCGCUCUUUCUCCCUCCAUCCCUUCAUCUCUUCACACCUACUCUAUCUCUUUCUUUCAUUUUCUUUCUACUUCUCUUA